AACCAGUUGGACUAUGCUACAGGCUACAGAGAAGGGUUUCUAUGGAAACGUGGCCGAGAUAACGGGCAGUUCCUGAACAGGAAGUUUGUCCUGUCGGAGGCUGAUGGGAAUCUGAAAUAUUUCACCAAGCACGAUGCUAAAGAGCCCAAGGCCGUGAUUAAAGUGGACAAUAUCAAUGCAACCUUCCAACCAACCAAGAUUGGGAAUCCCAAUGGCCUUCAGAUCACCUACCUGAAAGACAACAGCACUCGGAAUAUUUUCCUCUACCAUGAAGAGGAAAAGGAGAUUGUAGAUUGGUUCAAUGCGAUACGUGCUGUCCAGUUUCACUACUUACAAGUGGCAUUUCCAGGGACCAGUGACCACGAGCUGAAGCACAAACUGACGAGGAACUUCCUGAAGGAAGGCUACAUGGAGAAAACAGGACCCAAGCAAACCGAAGGUUUCAAGAAGCGAUGGUUUACUCUGGAUCAUCGACGCCUGAUGUACUACAAAGACCCUCUGGAUGCAUUUGCCAAGGGAGAGGUCUUCAUUGGCAGCAGUGAAAACGGGUACCUGGUCAAAGAGGGUCUGUGCCCUGGGGCCCAGAGCAGUCCAGGAUGGCAGUAUGGCAUCACCAUAGUAACACCAGACCGAGACUUCCUGUUCACAUGUGAAACGGAAAGCGAGCAGCAAGAAUGGAUAGCAGCAUUCAACAGCGUGAUUAAUCAACAGAUGUCACCUCAGGAAUAUACAGUGGAAGCCAACUUCAAACACAGACGAUAAAUCCCCAAACAUGCUGACCUCCAACCUUUAACUUCUGACCUCAGCUUUACAGACAGACACAACACAAAGCCAUCGCUAUGGUGCUGGAAGAUUAGAACCUCCCCAUUUUUUACCAGAGAAUCCACUUCUUACCGAUGAGAGUGCGAGGCAUUUCCCCUGGGGCCUUGGCUUCAUGCGCUGCUGGUGGGCCCCUGGGAAUGUUCUAGAACAGAAGCAUGAUGUCACUCGCUCAGCCACAUUGAGGGUUCCUGGCACAGCCAUGGAUGUGAGCUGCAGGGAUUCGGCAAGCCAGCUUGGAGGAAACACAAACAUUCCACUGUCUAUUGGACAGAGAGCUGACAAAUCCACCUUCCUGUUGAGGAGACUGGUGUGCCGAGGGACACUCCAAUAAUCCCAGCACAGUGACACAAAUACUC